GGAUCUGGGCCAGGGACACCAGCCCACACCAGCUAAUUCAGAGAAGGCGUGUAAGAAUCCUAGGGUCCUCCGGGGUAGAAGCCUCCUGGAUCACCACGAGGGUGGUGUCCGAGGCCCGACGCUGGCUGUGGCGACAGUGCUCCCUCCAGCCACCCCAGGUCUAAGUCCUCCGCUUUUGGUGGCCACUCGCCGCGUCUACAUAGCCCCUGGAGUGUCCAGGCUGUGAUGACUGAUCCACUUGGGCACCUGGCCGGGAAACGUGGCGGCCAGAAAGGUAUUUUCCAAACCCGGUCGCCCAGGCAGGGCCCAUCACCACAGCCGCCCCUUCCUCCUCGCGCUCCGGGUCAGGACACCUCAGCCCCGCCUUCCCCGCCGCGCUCUAAGAGCCAGCGGCACCGCCCAGCGCGCCGGAGUGGGCGGGACUACCCAUCGGGACGCCGCCAGGGGCGGGGUUCCCGCGCGCAGACGGACGAGGACGUGCGGACCCAGGGACGACAGGGCUUCGGGCCAGAUGCUGGAGGAUUGCUUAGGCUAGCGGCCACGAUGUGGAGGUGACCGUCAGCGUCAGGAUCUGGAGCCAGCGAGCGCGCAGGGGCUCGGGCCAGGUGGACGUCAGCCAGCCGGCAGGGCGCCCCGGAGCUCGGCAUGGAAGCGGAAGGCUUGGGUUGGCUUCUGGUCCCGCUGCACCAGCUGGUUUCCUGGGGGGCCUCUGGGGCCAUAGUCUUUGGAGGGGUGGUGCCGUACAUCCCGCAGUAUAGGGACAUCCGGAGAACUCAGAAUGCAGACGGUUUCUCUACUCAUGUGUGUCUGGUGCUACUGGUGGCCAAUAUUUUACGGAUCCUCUUCUGGUUUGGAAGGCACUUUGAGUCACCCCUCCUUUGGCAAAGCAUUAUCAUGAUCCUGACCAUGUUACUGAUGCUGAAACUCUGUACUGAGGUCCACGUGGCAAAUGAGCUGAACAUAAAACGCCGCUCCUUUGCAGCUGCAGACAGUAAGGAUGAAGAACUCAAAGUGCCCCCAAGGCGGUUCUGUCUGGACUUCGAUCUGCACCACUUCUGGCACUGGAGCAGCUUCACUGACUAUGUGCAGUGUGUCCUGGCCUUCACGGGUGUGGCGGGCUACAUCACCUACCUGUCCAUCGACUCGGCCGUGUUUGUGGAGGCGCUGGGCUUUCUGGCUGUGCUGACCGAGGCCAUGUUGGGUGUGCCACAACUGUACCGCAACCACCACCACCGCUCCACGGAGGGCAUGAGCCUCAAGAUGGUGCUCAUGUGGACGAGCGGUGACACCUUCAAGACAGCCUAUUUCCUGCUCAAUGGCGCACCCCUGCAGUUCUCAGUCUGUGGCCUGCUGCAGGUGCUGGUGGACCUGGCCAUCCUGGGGCAGGCCUACGCCUUCGCCUACCAUCCCCAGAAGCCAGUGCCCCACGCAGCACACCCUGCCAGUGCCAAGGCUCUUUGAGGCAAUCAGGAAGUACAAGGACAUGUGACUGCCAGCCUUGGGCACCGACCAGUACUAUGCUCCCUGUGUUAGGGAGGGGUCCUGUGGUCCAUGCAGAAAGGCCAUGUUGGCAGAGACAGUCUGGGUGUGGGUUCCCCACCAGCCUGCUGUGGAGCACUCAGGGCAGGCAAGCUAGGGCCAGCAUUUAUGCUCACCACCACAGGUACUGUGAAAGUGGGUCUCACUCUCAGGGCCAGCCUGCAGGUAUUUUCAAGGUGGUGUUCUCUUGGAAAACACGGGCCUGACCCUGAAACGGGUCUGCAGUCCCGUGAUAGGGGAUUGAAGUGCUCAGUGACCUUCUUGGCCUGGCCCACUGCAUAGCCCCCCUCGGUGAUCCUGUGGGAAGAAGGCUUUCAGCUCCAGGGAUAGCAGGUGAGGGUCUCAGCUGCUGGCGGUCCUGCCCCACACUCUGCUCCCCAUCGUGCCAAGCUGUGAGUCCACUGUGCCUGAGGUGGGUGCUGCUGGCCGGACGCUUGUCACUGUCUUCCGCCCCUUUCACUUUAACCCGAGGUCGUGCCAUUCCCAGCAGCCCUAUGCUGAGCCGGCCAUUUCUGGCUAGGGUUCCAGAUGCUUCUGUGUGGCUCCUAUAGAUGGCAUCGUCCCUUCUGCUGGCCAGAGGGGCUGCUUCUGGUGCACAGGUCUCUGCUGUCUGCCGUCAGCACUAAGGCUCUGCCACAGCUACCGUGUAACUUGCUGUGGCUGGUGGGAACGCAUCCGUGCUGUCUCCACCUUUGGAGUUUCCCUCAGAACUCUUGAAUGUUUGAGUGAGGCUCUUGCUUACCUCUUCGGCUUAUAAAGAUGCUUUGAAAAUGUGUAUUUUUAAAAAAUGAAAGGAGAUGUGUCUAGUGGUAAUUCCCUCUAAAUUAAAAUAUCACUGAUUUCAGGGUGCAGAAUGAAUGUACCCCAUAGGGCAGCUUUGUAAUAAUAAACUGCUUGUAGACCCA